AUGCAGCCUUAUUUCGGCCUGCGCGGCGCUCUGCUGAACCGCGCUAUCAUCUGGCUGGUCGUUUGUCCAGCAUUUCUCUGCUAUGGCUAUAACCAAGGCGUCACUGGCGGUCUCUUGACGCUCAAAUCGUUCUCGGAGACGUUCCCCGAGAUGAACACAUUGACCACGACGGGAGAGCAGCAGCGUUAUAACUCUACCAUUCAGGGCACUGUGGUUGCCCUGUACACUGUGGGAGGGAUCUUCGGAUCCCUCUCCUGCAUCUACCUGGGCGACCUGCUGGGACGACGUCGCGUCAUAUUCCUGACCUCCGCCGUGUCCAUCAUCGGCGCCAUCCUGAUGGCCACCUCGUUCGGUUUGCCCCAGUUCAUCGUUGCCCGCCUGGUGCUGGGCGUGGGGACCGGCGGAUACGUGGCCACGGUGCCAGUGUGGCAGGCCGAGAUCUCGCAGGCGAAGAAGCGCGGUGCCCAUGUCGUGACGGACGGCAUCUUCAUCGGUGCCGGCAUCACCUUUUCCUUGUGGAUCGACUUUGGAUUCUACUUUGUCACCGGAAACUCCGUGUCGUGGCGGUUCCCGCUGGCGUUCCAAAUCGUGCUGUCCUUGCUAGUCAUGGCUUUCAUCGUCGUCUUCCCCGAAUCACCACGAUGGCUGGUCAAGCGUGGACGACAGAGUGAAGCCCGGGAAAUCCUGGCAGCGCUGGCGGAUUUGCCGUCUGAUGAUGAGGCUAUUAACAUGGCUUUGGCUGACAUCGAACGGUCGCUGGCUCUGUCGGGUACAGGGUCCUGGUUAGACAUGCUGAGCAUGGGAGAACAGCGACUCUUCCACCGUACUAUGCUGGCAGCAAGUGGUCAGAUGUUCCAGCAGAUGUGCGGUAUCAACCUGAUCACUUUUUACGCAACGACCAUCUUCGAGCAGUAUCUGGGCCUGAGCCCCCUGCAGUCUCGCAUUCUGGCGGCAUCCAUGUGCCUGACGCAACCGCUAGGCGGGUUCCUGGCCUUUUUCACCAUCGAUCGCCUAGGUCGGCGCCCGUUGAUGCUCUGGAGUGCCGCGGGAAUGUCGGCGUCGAUGGCCGUCCUGGCAGGCACGACGUCGCUGACCGAUAACACGGGCGCGCUGGUCACUGCCGUCGUGUUCCUGUUUGUCUUUGAGUUCAUUUUCACCGUCGGCUACUCCGGUCUCACCUUCCUCUAUGCCACGGAAGUCGCUCCGUUGCAGCUCCGCGCGGCCAUCAGCGCCGUGUCCACGGCGGCAGUUUGGACGUUCAACUUCCUGCUGGCGGAGGUGACCCCCGUCGGCUUCAACACCAUCGAGUACCGCUAUUACAUCAUCUUCGCCGUGUUGAAUGCGGUGAUCGUGCCCGUCGUGUACUUCUUUUUCCCGGAGACCAACGGUCGGUCGCUCGAAGAGAUCGACGAGAUCUUCCUGCGCUCCAAGUCGGUGCUGGAUCCACCACGCCUGGCGCGGACGCUACCACGGAUGCACCUGGCCGAGGACGUGGAUGUGGAAAGGACGGAAUCUGGCGAGAGUGGUGGCAAGAUGAAGAUGUGA